UCUCUCUCUCUCUCUCUCUCAUGUACAAGACUCAGUCUGUAGAUAAGCAGCACGCCUCUGGGUUCUACAGUUCCUUCCACACUUCCCCUGAAGGAUACAUGAUGGAAGCAGCCACAGGGUACCCAUCUGUUUUUGUUGUGGAUCCAACACUAAGGGAUGUUCCCUUUGCGCCACCCAGAUGGAGGAGUCGGAAGAAAUGGCAAGCUGGUCAGCUGUUCUUGGGAUUCUUGGUGCUGCUGAUGCUGAGUGGCUUAACCAUCCAAACCUAUCUUCUGAUUUCCUUUCGCAAGGAACUGGAUACAGCAAUGGCACAGGGAACAGCCAAUGCGACUGCUGAAAAAAUUAUACAAGCUCCACUCAAGCUUCCUCUCAAAAGGCCAUCUGCUCAUCUGACACUAGAACCCCCCGACACUGCAAUUAUAGACGGAGUCCUGCAGUGGGAACAUCAGAACGGGUUUGCUUUUCUGCACGACAUGGAUUACAAAGCUGGUUCACUGAUUUCCAAUGAGCCUGGCUACUACUAUGUCUAUUCAAAGCUCACUUUGACAUAUUCAAGCUGUCUAACCAAACACCGGGGAAAUUCCCUGUUCACCCACAGCGUUUACAAGAGGACAUCUCAGUAUCCCGAGGAGUUAUUACUGCUGACCAACUACAUUACCUAUUGCAACUCUAAGGACAGUGAACAGUGGCAGGGCAAUAGCUUCCUUGCUGGGGUGGUGUAUCUAGAAGAGGAGGAAGAAGUGUUCAUCAAAGUAACAAACGGGGAGCUGUUGUUCUACAGGGAUGACUCGAUAUCACAUUUUGGCACCUUCAUGAUCUAAAGGCUUGAAGGUUGUGCAUAGACUUGAUUUUAGUUGAGCAAUGAGAAGGGCCUCUUUCUUGUACUGCAGUGGAGUCACCUCUCAACAUUGCUUCAGCCGUUUUUCAAAUACACUGAAGGAAGGGCAAGGGGCCUGCUCAUUUUUUCAGAAGAAAAAGUUGUUUGAUAAACUGUUGGAUAGCCAUGACCAAAAUAGAAAAGGAUGAGAAAAUAUUUGGGGGUGGGAGGGAGGACAUAGAGCUAGCUGACAUUUCUUUGACUGGCAUCCCAAAUGUAUGCCUGUUUUAGGUGACAGGCGCACUUCUUUUGGGAGAGGGGGCAUCUAACUCUGUUUUUUAUACAUUAUUAUUUGAAAAGCUGUAAAAUCCUGCAAAGGCAGUUUUAUAAGGAGUCAUGGUGGACAAAGAAAAUGAGAAGACAAUGUAUCACCUCAUGGUCUCUGAAAAGCUGCUGUAUGUACAGGAACCUUUCCUCACUUGCACCUACUCACAACAUAAACCUGCCCUGGCAGUCUCUAGGUUCUGCCUUGUCCCCAUGAGGUUGCCUUUGUCUUGUUCCCAGCAGCCCAGCACCGAGAAAAACCUUGUAAUGAUAUUUUCCUCUCUUAUCUUGACCCUUCCUGAGGGCAGCCUUGAGUUGUGUAAACUUUGUUGGGUUUUGUCACCCUUGGAGUGAAGUCAGGGAACUACCCCUGAGUGGAAACAAAAGUAAUGGAGGCAGGGCAUGGAUGGGCUCUGGGCAGAGACAAGUUCUGCCUGGAUGAGCUUGGAGGAUGGGCAGCACUUCAACUCUGCAGUAGAGGAAGGCCCUAAGAUCAAGAUUGUGGACUCAUGAGUCACUUCAUCCUGAAUGGUCUAACCAGCACAUUCCAGAAUGCCAUUUUAUAAUUACACUGACACAGCAUUGUUGAGCCAAGGAGCUUCCUGUGCUGGCGACUGUUGCUUAUCAUUGCAGUGAAAUGUCAAAUGUAAGCUAAGCUUGAACGACUGAGCAGCUUUCUGACUAUGACAUGGGUCCGAUAGUCAGGAAUAAAUAGCCAUUCCUUUGUUAUUGGCUUCAGAGCCCAGGAAGCCAUUUAGUACUUGGAUAGACAUUGCCACUUUGAGCCUUUAGGCCUUAUUUAUUCUCUGAUGCUUCUCCCUCAUCUCCUACCAAAGGAUCUUGGAAGGGGUUAUAUUAACCAUUCUCUUCUAUGAGUGCCUAGCUGCUUUUCCUUUUGCACAGUGGCUGCAUUAACAUAGGAAUAUCCAUAGAAUAGUAUUGGAUCACGUGAUCGUGUCACUACUGUAAUGCCCAAAGAGGGCAGCCUUUCCUGGAUUAGUCACUGGCUCAUGCUAACCGAUCAGGAAUUAUGUACUAAACAGAGCAACUCUUGCCAAACCGUUUGACCAAUUAUAUUUGGUUACAUAAUAUCUCUUAAGGAAAAGAGGAGCAUUGAAAUAUUAUUGAAAGCAGAGGAAGUAUGAUACUUUUUGAAAUAUGUGUGGAUGGCCACCUUAAUACUGAAGGUAUGAUUAAAAGUAAAUCUAACCAAAAUGACCUUUGCUCUAGUGCUUAGAGAAAUCAUUCAGUCCUUUAUUAAAUAAGAAGGAAAUGGAUUAAUUCCAAAUCUUGUAUUGAAUGGGAUCACUAUACAUUGGCGUAAACCAGGGUCCCAAAGAAGGGCACUAAGCAAUUUUAAUGAAGCAGCUACUGUAUGUAUGUGAUAAAAUAAAAUUUCAAAGAUUAAUGUGUCUUUACUGAAAUAUAUUGCUUGUGGGACUGCUCUGAAAUAGGACUUGAAAACUGCAGCUAUGAUCAAAUAUGGCAGCCAGGGAUGUUCCCAUGCCAUAUUACAUCUUGUUUAAGUUACACUGGUUUCCAGAUUAUUUCCCAGCACAGUUCUUGUACUCUAUUACCUUUAAAGCUUUCAUCAGUUUAGAUGGAGGUUUUCCUCAUUGCCUCUUGACCUUGCAGGACACAGGUUAGCUGGCAGAAAUGUCUGUGGAGUAGCAGAGGAAAGGUCCAAAAAAUCAACAGCCAAUUGAAGUCCUUUUUAUCUGUGUUGCAUGUAAAAAUGGGGUAAGAUCUUGAUCAUACAGUUGCAGCAUGUUCUUUUUUUUAACCUCCUCUGCAGACAUUCUGGGAUAAUCUCACUUGCAGGACCAUGCCCUGGAAAAUUUAGUUAGCUCCCUAGCUUUCACUCUUGAGAGAUUGGUCAAAGCCUCUUCUUUUUCCAGGCUUUUUGGGAGAGUUAAGCUUGGCAUCCUGCUGCUAUACUUGAUUGACUAUUAUUCAGUUACUUCCUAUUCUUUUAUGUUUUAUUGAGAUAUUGCUAUGAUUCGAUACUAUAGGCUUUUCAUCUGUAUAAUAAGUAACCUUAUUAUUUGUUUUGGAAUUGAAAGACUGGUUUUAUAUCUCUGAAAUA